AUGGACACUACCAACAUUAAUUUCCAUGAAACCAAAUUCAUAGACGAAAACGGUAUACCACAAACCACAAGAAUACCCGUAGUACAAGAUUUAGCCCUCCUCAAAAACCUUCCCCAAAGAUUCAUCCAACUUGCUUCAAUUUCCAAAUCUUUUAGUCAUGAUAUUCCAGCCAUAGAUAUAGCAAAACUUGGUGGCGGUCCGGAGUCGGGGGCGGCCAAAGUGGAGGAGCUAGACAAGUUGGUCAGUGCUGCUAAAGAAUGGGGAGUGUUUUUUAUCAAAAACCAUGGUAUAGAUUCUUGUAUAUUGCAUGAUGUUAAGGAUGUUGUGAAGGGUUUUUUCCAGUUGUCUUUUGAAGAGAAGAAAGCUAGUGUUGGAUCAUAUAUGAGUGUUGAUAAUAUGGGCUAUGGGAGGAAUUUUGUGAAAUCAGAAAAUCAGCCAUUGGAUUGGAUUGAUCGAUUGACGAUGAAGGCUGCUCCAAGAGAUGCCACUCAAGGACUCCAUGUUUGGCCUCAAAAUCCACCCAACUUUAGGCAAGUCAUAGAGAAGUAUGUGGAAGCUGCUAGAGAACUCUUAAAUGGGCUUCUCCAAGCCCUUGCUGAGUCCUUAUCACUUGAUGAACACACAUUCCUCCAAUACUUUGAAGAAGAAAAAAGUGAAAUCAAUGUUAGAGUAAACUACUACCCACCAAGCCCAAGGCCUGACCUAACAUUGGGCAUAACCCCACAUUCUGAUGCAAGUGCCCUAACUCUCUUGCUCCAAUUUGAUUCCUCUAAUGGGCUCCAAGUAUUUAAGGGCAAUGAAUGGAUUACAGUGAAAUUGCCCAAUGAGGGAUUGCUUGUGAGUAUUGGGGAUUUGAUGGAAAUAAUGAGCAAUGGUAGGGUUAGGAGCCCUUGGCAUAGGGUAGUGAACCAAAUGGAUAUGGACAGAUUUUCUGUGGCUUUAUUUUAUAACCCACCUUUGGAAAAGGAGAUUGAGCCUGUGGAGGAGAAUGAGGGGUACAAGAAAGUGAAUGUGGGGGCAUAUUUGAAGCACUAUUAUGAAAUUAGUCCUACUUCAAGCAAAGAAGCCAUAUUGUUUGCUAAAGAGUAG